AUGCUCAAGACAAUUGUGAGACCAUUCAGCUCUACUGCGAGAGUCAGUCAAGAUGUUGCAUCAUUUCUAUUCGCAUCGACCAAGGGUCCUGAGAGUGCCCAAGCCAACGAAGACGCCAAUAUAGUGCAGCCUAAGAAUUUACAGGGUGGAAAUAAGAAGGGCAGAGUUGACGAAUCGGUAGUUAAGUACAUAUUGAACUGCAGAUUUACAAAGAACAACACUCAUUUCACGUAUAGUGCAGUGAUGGAGGACAAGAACUUCUUGACCAACAAUGAACAACUAUCCUAUAACGAAAAAUAUCUAUACUAUUUGAAACUUCCACAAAAGGUCAAAUUCCACAUGUCUACUGGUCACCUAGGCUUCCGUAAAGCAGCUCGUGGUGAAUAUGAAGCGUCUUUCCAAACGGCAGCCAAGCUUUUCGAAACAUUACAACAGAAGAAACUCCUUGAUAAGAACAUAGAAAUAGUCAUGAGAGAUUUCGGAAAAGGAAGGGACGCCUUCAUUAGCGCCUUGAACGGUAAAGAAGGAAAUUUGAUCAGACGUCAUAUCUCCAGGAUAUCCGAUGCCACUGAAUUGAAGUUCGGUGGUGUCAAGGCUCCAAGACCAAGAAGAUUAUGA